AUGGGCAUAAUAGGUGCAAUUAUAGAUAACAGUUCAAGAAUUGGCAAAGAAGAGAGAGUGGCAAUUGAAAUGGCAGUUGAGGAUUUUCAUGCCACUGGAAAUCAGAGUUUGGCUCUGCACAUAAGAAACUCUCAGAGGGAGGACCCCUUGCAGGCAGCACUUGCAGCUUACAUUUCCAAUGCCAUUGCACUUAUCAAAUCUGCAGCUAGAGAUCUUAUAGAUGGGCAGCAAGUGCAAGCCAUUCUAGGACCACAUACAUGGGAAGAGACAUCAUUAGUAGUUAAGGUUGGCAGUGAGACUCAUACCCCAAUUGUCUCUUUUGCUGAGGCUACUCCAAAGUGGGCAACUGAGCUGUGGCCUUUUCUAGUUCAAGCUUCUCGUGACCGGUUGAAACAAAUGGAAGCAAUAGCUGAUAUAGUUCAGUCUUGGGAAUGGCAUCGAGUCACUGUAAUUUACCAAGACAGAGAUUCUUUGGCCAAUGAAGUUUUACCUCAUCUCUCUUAUGCCUUGAGACAAGUUGGUGCAGAAAUUGGCCAUCUUGUAGCUCUCCAACCUUUUGCUUCUUCUUCAUUAGUCGAAGAGCUUGAGAAGAUUCAAAAGGACCAAUGUAGAGUCUUUGUUGUGCAUUUGUCUGUGCCAUUGGCCGCACAACUUUUUGAAAAGGCAAAAGAAAUGAAGAUGAUGGAAAAGGAUUAUGUAUGGAUCACCACUGAUCCUAUAACAAGCCUUGUCAACUCCUUUAAUGCCUCCAGCAUCUCCUCAAUGCAAGGGAUCAUCGGAGUCAAGAGCUACUUCCCCGAAAGUGGAAACCAAUUUCAGGAUUUUUACCAUAGGUUUUGUAGAAGGUUUAGAUCAGAACAUCCUGAAGAGGUUAACAAUGAGCCUGGCAUCUUUGCUGCUCAGGCUUACGAUGCUGCAAGGGCAGUGGCUCUAGCUUCGACAGAAGGCAGAAAAGGGAGGAAACUGUUAGCAAAACUUCUGAGAAGUGAUUUUCAUGGCUUAAGUGAAAGAAUCAAGUUCACUGACCAAAAUUUAGCUCCACAACAUGUAUUUCAAAUCAUCAAUGUGGUGGGAAGGAGUUACAGAGAGCUAGGAUACUGGUCAGAUGGAAUAAGAUUCUCGAAGACUAUUGGUGAAGGUGCUAGUAACUACCCUUCUAUGAAAGAUUUGGGGCCAGUGGUUUGGCCAGGAGAGCCUUGGUAUACUCCAAAAGGGUGGACUGUACCAAUACAAGCAACCGUGCUGAGAAUUGGGGUGCCAAACAGAUCAACAUUCAAAGAGUAUGUAAAUGUGGAAAAAGAUACAUUGGGAAAUAACUUAUCUUUCACUGGACUUGCAAUAGAUCUCUUCAAAGCGACCCUAGAGGAGCUGCCUUACCAUUUGCCGUAUGAGUUAUGUCUUUUCAAUGGCACAUAUGAUUCUUUAGUGGAGCAAAUCCAUUUACAUAACUUUGAUGCUGUAGUUGGUGAUGUAGCAAUCGUGUCCCAGCGGUAUGAGCAUGCAGAAUUCACACACCCCUAUACCGAAGCAGGAUUGACAUAUACGGCUAACCUUGCGAGCAUGCUCACUGUCCAGCAGCUUGAACCCACCAUAACAGAUGUUGACGCUUUGCGGCAAAGCAAUGCCAUGGUUGGUUAUUGUAAGGGUUCCUUUGUUUCAGCCUAUCUAAAGGAAGUCUUGGGCAUCCACAACAUUAAGCAGUUUGACUCCAUAGAAGAAUAUGCUGAAGCCCUCAAAAGCGAAGUAAUUGCUGCUGCUUUUCUUGAAGCCCCUCUGGCCAAAAUUUUCCUUCGAAAGUACUGCAAAGUCUUCAUGGAAGCUGGACCAACAUUCAAAGUUGGAGGAUUUGGAUUUGUAUUUCCAAGAGGCUCUCCAUUGGUUCCUGAGGUAACUGAAGCAAUGCUAAAGGUAACCGAAAGUGGUAAGCUUCGAGAUUUAGAGAACAACAUGCUGGCCUCUCUGAAGUGCUUGGACUCGGAUGCACAAAAAGACAGUGGUGAUCCCAGUCUAAGCCCCAACAGCUUUUGGCUACUAUUCGUAUUCACGGGAGGGACAUCAACAACUGCUCUUGUGGUUUACACUUUUUUCAUUCAUAAAUCAGUGGCUGAAUGCAAAACCAACUGGACGAUAAUGUUAGCCGCAAUGAAAAAAUGGGGCAAUCCAAACAGGAGGUUCUCCAGAAGAGACAGUGAUAUCAAUGCAGAAACUCCUGCAAUUGCUCCGAAUGCCAGUGCCUUGCAGGCUCAAGUCUAA